AUGGCAAAAUUCGUGAUCGCAGGAAAAACUAAUUGUCCACUCUAUGCCAAAGCUGAAUUACUGGGAGAUUAUCUUCAACGUAAUCUACCCAAUUUUGUUGUUCAUAAAUGGCCAAUUGACUCAAAAGUAUGCAAAAUUGCAAAAAGCAAUAAUAAAAAGAUAGAUAUUGAAAGCAGCAAAUUUUAAGCAGUGGCGGAUCUAGCUAUUCGGUGACCGCCACCCCCUCGAAAAUAGAUAAAACGCUAGAUUUCUCUCCUAAAAAAUAAUACUGUUUUCAAUUUUUUUUUAUAAACCACCACUGAUUUUAAGGCAUUUACUACUACUAACAACUAUAUCAGAUGUUUGAGAUUAUGAUUUAAGUUUUAUCGUUUAUCUUAAUUUCAUUAAAAUCUGUUUUUUCUUCAAUGCGAAAUUGGACACUGACAAUAUUCAAAUAUAUAUUUAGGAUUGGGAUAACUGGGUAAAAUCAACCUGUGAAAAAAAUCAAUGGAAAGCGCC